CAUCGCUCCUUUUUCAACUCAACCUCUCUUCAUUUAUUUACAUUUCUUAGCACCAAAUAAACCAAAGCAGCAUAGACUAACUAUGAGCCCAACCAAUCUUAUCGAGCAGGCCAAGCGCAGCGCAGCCUUUGCCGCCGUCGACAAACACGUCAACUCAACCGUGCGCGUGCUGGGCAUUGGCAGCGGAUCCACCGUCGUCUAUGCUGUAGAGCGUCUGGUCGAGUUGAAGAAACAGGGCAAACUGCACCCCGAGCUUUUGUGUGUUUCGACCAGCUUUCAGUCCAAGCAGCUUAUUGUUGACGCUGGUCUGAGAGCCUCUGAUCUCGACGACCUGCCAGAACUUGAUUCUACGACGGAGGUCUUUGCCUCAAUUGAUGUGACCAUCGACGGUGCCGAUGAGGUUGACUCGGAGCUGAAUGCGAUUAAGGGCGGCGGUGCUGCACACUUGCGCGAAAAGCUUGUGGCCAAUGCCUCGCGCAAGCUUGUUUUGAUUGCGGACUCUCGUAAAAACUCCAAGACGCUAGGCGAAAAAUGGGAAAAGGGAAUCCCCGUCGAAGUGUCGCCACUCGCCUGGCGCACAAUCAAACGCCAGCUCGAACGCCUGACGCCUAGCUCAUGCUCCCUUGCGGCUAAGGAUGCAAAGGCCUUUUCGUUUGAUCAUCCAGUGGCUGAGCUGCGCCAGGCUGUGAGGAAGGCGGGACCAGUGGUUACGGAUAACGGAAACUUUAUCUUGGAUGUCUCUGUCGGUCUUAUCUAUGAGCCACGGGCGGUUGAGCAGUUGAUCAAGAUGACACCGGGUGUUAUUGAGGUCGGCAUUUUCAGCAACAUGGCAGCAGAGGCGUGGUUCGGCAACGAGGAUGGGUCCAUUGUCUGCCGUGUUCCCGAGUCUGAGCAAUGAAAAAAUUUAUACAUUUAUACAUUUAUAUUCUAUUGAAAAUGUUUGAUUGUGAAAAAUAAAAAAUUACAUUUAUCGAUUGAA